AUGGAAGACAACUUAAUUUUUGAUGAAGAUAUAGUUUUUGAAGGAGAUCAUUCAGAAGAGUCAGACAAGUCUUCAUCAUCAUCAAUCAAAAUCGAUGAUACUAAGAAAGAGAAAGAUAGUCAAACUAUGUCUAUAGAAUUAGCGAAAAUGGCACUAGCUAUGGGUAAUACAAAAUUAGUCGAACAAUUUUUGAAAUCUUUAGAAAACGCAUCAGACGAAACAGCAGCAAUAUCGAAUAUUAAUCCGUUGAAGAAUUAUAAAAGUGGACAAGUGUCAACCUCACAGCUACGAGCAUUCACGUCGUACUGGGAUACACACUUAAAGAAAUUAGAUAUCCACUUAAAGUUGACUAUAUUUAACGAUAAAUGGAUAGAGUUAGAUCAAAUGGUAAACGGAAAUAAUACCUCUUCCAAGAAAAAGGACAAACCAACAGGUCACCCAGCCAAAAGUGAAUGGUGGUUAUCCUUUGCUGAUUGGACUCGGGCGAAAACGUUAAUGUUGAAGUACUUGAGAGACACGUACCAUCACGAUCCUUUUGCAGACGAUUUAGAAAAACAUUUUGAGAGAGUCGAGAACUUUGGUCUGAGACACGGAUGGGUGACUGCAUUUAGGUAUGACAUAAUGGUUAGGACAGACGUUUUAUGUAAUAGGGUGAAUGGCGCACCUGGAGACCCAAAGGUGCUAAGAGAGAAUUUUCUAGAAGAUGCGAAAGCUAGGACUGACCUGCUGAAAGAUGGCCGCAUACUGUUAUUAGAUGACCCUUACGCGAAAGGUAACGCAAAAGAACGAUUCAGUCCAAUAACGGGGAAAAAGUAUCCAGAUAGUGUUGACCACGACUCAGCAGAAUUAAAUGAGUUUGAUGUUGACCAAAACGAGUCGAAUGAUUACUUGAAACCUCCUUCUGUUAAUAGGAAUGAAAGUUUCAAGAAACAAGACAAUUACAAUCAAAGUGGAAACUAUCAAAUGAAUAAUAGAAGAAAUAAUCGAGGAAAGUUUAGAAGGGACAGGUCUCCAGGACCUUACCAAAGAUACGAUAGACCUAAUGAUAAAGAAGUGUUUGAUCCAAAAGGGAAAGGAAAGCAAACCAACAAGUCGCAAUGGUACAAAAAGCCAGAUGAUUUCCCAAGAGCGUCAACAUCAAAAGAUAAUCAGACGUGA